AUGAGCAAGAAGGGUAAAGCCAUGCGCCAAUUCAUCGACAAGAUUCCAGACUCCAAGUUGGAGGGCGGUUUCGGGAGAGGCACAGUUCACAACGACUUCAAGAACUUCCGACUGGACAACCAGGGUCUUACCACUGCCAAAAACGGCGAGGUCCAGAAGUACAAUCUGCAGAUGCAAGUCAACUACAGCCCCAUCAUGACCUCCCUGGAGGCUAUGGCUCCUGACACGGUUGCUGCUGUCUUAGUUCCUGUUUAUCCGCCAACAUUCUCAGCUGCUCAGAUCAAGGACAUGCUCAUGGCAGACUUGAUCCGGCGCAAACAUUGA